CUAGACCUUUCAUAGCUCUUUCAUAGAUUAAAUCAAUAGAUUAAAUCAAUAGAUUUUAAAUCAAUAGAUUAAAUCAAUAGAUUUAAAUCAAUAGAUUAAAUUAAAUAAACAGAUUAAAUCAACCGAUGGAUUAAACCCUUCAAUGGAUUAAACCCUUCGCUCUUUCCACUCCGACAACCCCUAAAAGAAAGGCUCCGUCGGGUGACCCCCCCCCGUUACUUCCCUAUGACCUCACCAUUUCCCCCUAUGACCUCACCACCCUUCCUAUGACCUCACAAUCCAGGAAGCCAUAUUCCGUCCCGGGACGCCUUUGAGCCCUCGGAAAACCCUUGCAAAACAGCGCUUCUUGCGUGCCCCAAAGAGUGCUUUAAAAGGGGGUGCCGCACCCCACUUUUUUAUAAAGCAAUGCAUAUAGGGAAUGUGGAAGAUUUGGGGGCGCACCAGAGCUUGUGAACCCAAAUCGACGGUGCCCGGACCCCGGGUUCCGAUUUCCCGCAGACCCCUGGCACAUUUACGCCCUCCGAGAAGAUGGUGCCCCUUUGCUGGUGCCCGGGGGACCCCCGGACGGCGCCCCCCAACCCAGGCCGCGUCACGGAGGUCCGCAAGGUGCCCAGGACCCCCUCUCGCCUGGCCAGCACCCCUUUCCUGCAAGCCUCGCACUUCCAGCUGGGCGGCGACCGUCGCCCAGAAGGUGCCACCCUGGUCUCGCCCUACCGCAUCGACUACCCGCCGCGGUGGGGCAGCUUCCGCAGCCAGGCCAUCCGGCCCCCCAAGUGCGCGGGGGUCCUGAACCAGGACAUGGACCCCUCCACCUGGGACACCCGCUCAGAGACGUACCUCUCGUACCCACCCCGGGGGCUGGAGGCGAAGGUGCCCGCCCGGCCGCCCUCGCCCCACCUGCAGAUGCACCGAGACCUUCGCCAGGGCACCGGCACCUCCGUCACCCGGGACAGCUACCCCUACCCGCCCCCCCUGCCCCACGACGCCCCCCGGCGGGUGGACAAGUGGGACGACAGCGUGCCCAGCGGCGACAAGGACAAGCAGCCGCUGCCCGCCUCGCUCUACCAGGAAUCGUACCCCAGCCACGGGAGGACGGAGCCGGCCCAAAAGGCGCCCAGUCAACACCUGGGAGGAAAAUCUCCCCUGAGAGGCCACGGCUGCCACGAUUUCGGGACCACGUACCAGACUUACUACACUGGGCAAUGGGCGCCGCCUGCCGAAAAACACUUCGACGAGAAUCUGGUGUCGGUCGUCUUCGGAGACCCCCGGUGCCACCAGAUGCUGACAGAGCAAAAACGGGCGUACACCCCCAAGGAAUUGGGCAGCCAGCGCUAUGACCCGGAGAGCGCAGCCGCCCAGGUCCGCCUGACGAAUAUCCGGCCCGGAGACGGGAGGCAAGACUUUACCACCGUCAUGUCUGAAGCGUAUCCCUGGAGGGACCCAGGACCGUUGCGCAUCAUCACGGUGAGGAAGAAUGAGUCCUCCAUUCUCCGAGGGGAUCGGGACCCCGAGAGGAACAGGCAAAACGCCACCACCACCAUCCACCGUCAUUACUACAGAGAGCCGAACCGGGAGGAGCCGGCGUCCCGGGCGGAGCCCAAACCCCGGAAAGACUUGACUUUGGGCGACAACCGCUAUGCCUACUUCUGCACCACGCAACACGAGGACUAUUGCCCGCCCCCCGAGACCCACAAAUUGGACGUGAACAAGUGGAAGAUCAUGAAGAGCAACAUCCCUUUCAACUAUCCCGCGCCCGAUGGCCUCACCACCAGCACCCAGGACAUGCUGGUUCCUUACUGCCAGCCGAGGUGCCAGGUCCCUGAGGAGGAGCUACAGAAGAUUAAGUAUUCCCACCUGGUCCAGCCCUGGAAGGACCGGCGGUGGUUCAGCACGGAGCAGAAAGACGCCUUCACCAACAAAUAUGGAGGCCCCAUCACCCUGGUGGUGGGGGACAACCAGAGAAGCAGUCUCCCCCUGGGCACCUUGCCGAACUAUUCCCUCCGGAAGAAAAUCGCCCCUGCAAACAUCUGCCUGACCGAAUAAACCCUAUAUCUCUA